CGUGUAGCGACCUGAGAGGGUCGCGGCCGCGCGCCUAGUGAUGUGUGUGCCUCUAUUUAUAUCGACGGCGUCCCCCGCUGCUCCUCCUGGCUCGCGCAUGCGCACAACCACGCCGAAAGUGAAAAUUGCACAAAUCAUGAUAUCAUCGUCCCGUGCAGCGUACUUGCGACAGUAUCGCUGCAAGUAGAGCGGUAGCGCAGCGGAGGCGGCGGCGGCCGCCAGCACGCAGGCGGCGCGGCGCGAGGAUGGGCGAUGGUGGCGCGGAGGCGAUCGUUGUCGACACUGCGGUAGUGCUGCGUCACGUAUCAGCUGAGCCGGCGAGGGGCGCGCGCUCGUGACGUCGCUCGCUCGCGUGCCGCGUGCCGGGCCGGCGGCGCGAUGGCGUCCACCAUGCAGCUAGAGUUCACGCAGGCGAUGACGGACUUCAAGACGAUGUUCCCGGACAUGGACGACGACGUGAUCGAGGCGGUGCUGCGAGCCAACCAGGGCGCCGUGGAUGCCACCAUUGACCAGCUGCUCGCCAUGAGCACCGACAACCAGAACGAGCGGCUGCGGCUGGAGAUGGAGCGUGUGGAGGCGGCCACGCCGCGCCGCAGCCAGCGUCGCGCCAGGGCCGCGGACACCGACGACGACACCGCCGCCCUCGUUGACGUCGAUGACGAGUCUAUUCCCCUCGCGGUUAGAAGAAAAUGGGUCCCCCGAAUGCUGGGGCCCUUACCACCAAUGUUCCUGCGGAUCCCUCCUGGGACCGACGCAAGGAUAGACCUCAGUCUAGAAAUGGAUGACGACCGCAUCGCCACCUUCUUGCAAAACGAGGAAUUUAUGGCUGAAUUGAGGUGGAACCAGGAGUUCAUGGCAGCUCUAGAUAGCGAACAAGGGCACAAAUCCAAAGGGCACGACGAUGAGGCCGACUUCAAGGAGAGACUUAAGAAUAUGGGUAAAUUGUCGCGCAAGAAGUUCGCGCAGCUGUCCCGCAUGUUCAGCCGCGGCGGGUCACGGCGCGCAGGCGGUGCGCGAGCGCCGCCGCGGGGCCCGCCCGACAGCUUGCUGCUGCAAGAGGAACACAGCGAUGAUGAUGAGAGAAACCACCAUCCUAAAGUCUAACUUUCUCCGCAUUUCACGUCUUCAUAAACAGCAAUAGUGAAAAAAUAGAGUUUAGUGAACAGCUGUUUUGGUAUUACAAAUUACAAAAGUGCUCGUGGUGUCGCUUUAUACGCUGAAUUACUUCUAUGGGUAUAUUCUAUUUUAAAUCAAUAACUUUAAAAGACGAUCUGGUUAGUCCACACUAAACAUCCAGAGAAGCUAUUUUGGUAAAUACCUAGUAUCCCAAUUCAUACGCGACAACCAACUUGAGAUGUUUUCUAUAAUCUAGGAAAGAAGUACCUAUUAUCUUAGUGCUGUUAUUCUUAUAUGUUGUGUUGUUAAUAUGUUGUGGAAACAUUUCGACGUGAACAACGUAAGGCGGGAUGGACAUCGAUAUUGUACGGAUUUUACGAGACUGCACAAGAUAUAUCUAUUCUUAAGUAACACCCCACUUAUUAUGUGUGGGAUUAUACUUAUAGCCAUUGUAUCGUGGGCUUUCCUCGUUUGUGCUUGGUGGAACGAGCCUUAGAUUGGUAGGCCUUAUGAAGUCUCACAAGGUUUCGGAUAAGACUGGGUUGUAUAUAGAGUUGAUAUGAUUGUUGUUGUUGGUAUAAUUCAUUAUUCUCUAAACAGCUCUAUCGACUAUUGCUGGUUAGGGUUAAAAGGUAAGUAUAGCCUUAAAUAUUGAACUUACAAUAGUCGAUAAAAGUACUAAAAAUGCUUAAAGCUCUUGAAAGAUCAAUCUGUAAAGAGUAUCUAGAAAGGCUGUUAACAAAAUUUGUAUAAAAUAUCCACGUAAUAGUUAGAUAAUGUAAAUAACUGUUGUAAUAGUCUCGAUAAGUAGAAUGCUUUGUCUCUACGUCUGAAUUUAGGUACCGUUAGCGGUAUUUUGUUAGAUAUCUCGCUGAUCGCCCCUGCUAACUACAAAUUGCGAGUUAGAAGUAUGCACCAUUACCUUGUCUGCACGAUUGACCAUGAUGAUGAUCCGCUCAUGUUACCUCCACGUACAGUUGGCAACAAAAACACUCACGUUGGCUUCGGAUUUAGAUUUAACUCGAUAUAAUGAUUAGCGUUUUGUUACCGGCUGUACGAGUUUGUAACGAUCCAAUCAGCGAAAUAGACCAGUUUUACGCUUAUAAUUCUAUUAACGAAAAUAUCUCCCUAGCCUUAUCUAAUGCCGUAGCGUUUUCAAUAAAGAGUAGAUUUAUUCCGUCUAGUCUCCGGCUCCAAAGUACCUAGUUGUAGCGUUUAUGGUCGCUGCAUAUGCAUCGGGGUGUGAAAGGAACGAACGUCAAUUUUGUAUGUAAGUCUUAACGAUUUUGUUAUUACGCUACUCUAGUUCGGUGGCCCCUACCAACAAAUUAGUUUAACAUACUUACUUUAUGUUUCUAUCCACACUCACGUCUGAUUACGAACUGAGUGAUCUCAGAACGAAACCCAUAGGUAAGUAUCUAAAAAUAAAAUGUUUAAUAGAUAUUGACUAGUUCGUACAAACUCAAGAUUUCGAACUGAUAUAAUUACAUCAGCCCCUAUCACUACAACUGUCAGGGUUGCCCUAACACCUUAGUAAAGAAUUAAGACUUCAAAUGUCAUCUAGCACGCCUCGUUUCGCACCUAAUGUCUGACCUUUGGAUGAUAUACAGAACGCUCUAACGAUCUAAGACGUAAUAUUUUCCCGACGCAAUUCUACGAAAUACGUGCAGUUGACAAUUAAUUAUGUACUGGAAAAAUAUGUUAAGUAAAUUAUGUUUAUUUUUCAGUAAGUACCUAUGUUAAGUUUUAGUGCAAAGUGCGUUGGAUAGCAAUAAUUAUUUUAAUAUAAUACAUAAUUUAAUUUAGCUUACGUGGAAAUAAUUUGUCCAAGUUGUAAGGAGCUUUGAACAAAGUGAUACGAGUACCACGGUACACAUAUACCAACUUACCUAUUUAUUUACCUAUUGAAAAAUGCAUGUUGCGUGCAUAUAAUUAUCAUUAUCAUACAUUUAUCAUGCAUGGAUGAAAAAAGUGCAACCAUCUCGAAAGAGGAAACAGUAUAAAUUAUUUAGAAAUGUGGUUGUUGAAAUGCAAAUUCAUCUCGUUCGGUAUUUUUGUCCGUAACAUGAUAUUGAUGAUAAGAUAAGGGUAGAUAUAAUGCAUGAGAUGGUAAAUUGUGGGCAUUAGAGACAGUUAAAAUUAUAAAUGAAAUGUGUAUUUAAUAGAUAACUGCCUCUUCUAACAACACACGCAUCUAAAAGGAUCCUACAUGUCUCUUUAAGUCCAAUUUUAUUAUAGAUAUAUUUACAAAAUCAUUUAAGAAAAUAGGGAUUGUAACGCAUUAUAACUAUGUAGAAUAUUACAUGCAGAAUCGGUUAAAAUUUUUAGCGACAUAUGGGAUCAGUUUAAGUCGAUUAAGAUAAUUAAUUACACUAAGCAUCGCGAUUUGCAAUCUCGUGUAUAGGUACAAUUCACAGCCGAUAACCAAUUACUGAUUUCAUAUGUGAUUGAAAUAAAUAAAUAUUUCUAAGAAA